UGACGUCAGCACGUAAACAACAACACGUGGUGGCGCAGCGCUCCUCGGGACAGGCCGCGGCACUCCUCACAAGGCUCUGCAGGCCCUGGCUCCAUGGAUAACAGUAACCCAGCCCUCUAAAACUGUAAAGAAGAAUAAGAGAGAGAGAGAGGUGGAAGCUGUGAGUGCAGGAACACUUCGCUUACAGGCCGAGUCGUAUUUCUCAAGCUGCCGUGACAACACUGACUUACAAUGGGCAGGAAAAUACCCGGAAAGAAACACAGAGGAGUAAAGGACCCAUACAAACAACAAGAGCAGCGUCUGAAUAAAGUAAAACACAAACUCAAUGCUGCGCCUGCAUCCAUUGAUUCUCAAGAAAUACCAAGACGUCUCCAAGACAUUGCCAGAUUCACCAACGUAAAAAGAAAAGGUGUUAAUAAUGGUCCUUUUAAAAAGAUGAAGAAAACAAAGGGCAAGAUAAAGAGAGACAAAACACUAAUUGAUGGCAGAAAGUAUGUUGAUCGUGAAAGGGAGGAACCAGGCAUGAGUCGCCCAACAAAACUGGUGCCUUUGCUGCAGCAACACCCAAAUGAAAAUUACAAGAAAUUUCUGAAGAGAGUUGACAGAGUGACUAAUGAGAUAAUGAAGGAGGCAGCUUUCGAAAACAAGUUCAAAGUGGAGGUACAACGAGAUGAGUUUGGUCAAGUAUUGUCUGUUCAACACCAAGAGAAGAAUGACCCAUUGCUUUCAGAUAAACAAAAGAAAGAAGUUACUGAGCGAGAGGAGAAAAGGAAAGCAGCAAGACGGGAACGAGACAAACGAAGGCGAGGCAAGAAGAGAAAACAAGAUGAAGAUGAUGACGAUGAAUUUUCUUACUACAAAGACAAGUAUGAGUUUGGAGAGGUGGUGUAUGAACCUCCCAGCCUUGAUACAGAAAAACUCACAAGAAAAAUCGAUGGAAAUAAUGUGAAGCCCAAAUCAUUUUUAUUUAUGGAGAAGCUGAAGGGAAAUAAAGAAGAUGCAACCCCAAGUAAAACUGGCAAGCCCAGCCAGAAAUCAAAGAACAAGCAAGUUUCUGCUGGAAGGCGCAGGAUACUGGAGGAGGAGCGGCAGAGGGUGGUGGAAGCAUACCGGAGUAUGAAGGCCUCUAAGAACACCCUCACCUCACAGACCCUGGCCUGAAGGUGCCUCAUACUACUUGUGUGCUGACAAUGUUAAAUACUGUUUCUUGAGUGAGAUGCUAAUAAAAUGCUUUAGUAAAA